UUGUUGUUUAGUCUAUAGAUCUCUAGCUUCUCUCGCGACAGCACAAUUAAAUCCUGUGAUUAGAUUAGAGUCGGUGUGGAUCGGAUCGGAGCCGAAUCGAAUCGAAUCGAAUCGAAUCGAGGAUUUAGGGUUUGAGAAAGAAAAAAAUGGCGCAACAAUCGCUGAUCUACAGCUUCGUGGCUCGAGGAACGGUGAUCCUGGUGGAGUUCACUGAUUUCAAAGGCAACUUCACCUCCAUCGCUGCUCAGUGCCUCCAGAAGCUCCCUUCCUCCAACAACAAGUUCACCUACAACUGCGACGGUCACACCUUCAACUACCUCGUCGAAGAUGGAUUCACGUAUUGUGUUGUUGCGGUUGAAUCUGCUGGGAGGCAGAUUCCGAUGGCGUUCUUGGAGAGAGUGAAGGAGGAUUUUAACAAGAGAUAUGGUGGUGGUAAGGCUGCCACUGCUCAAGCGAACAGCUUGAAUAAAGAGUUUGGGUCUAAGCUGAAGGAGCACAUGCAGUAUUGUAUGGAUCAUCCUGAUGAGAUUAGCAAGCUUGCUAAGGUGAAGGCGCAGGUGUCUGAAGUUAAGGGUGUUAUGAUGGAGAACAUCGAGAAGGUUCUUGACCGUGGUGAGAAAAUUGAGCUUCUGGUGGACAAAACUGAGAACCUUCGCUCACAGGCACAAGAUUUUAGGACAACAGGGACGCAGAUGAGAAGAAAGAUGUGGCUUCAAAACAUGAAGAUAAAACUCAUAGUCCUCGCCAUCAUUGUAGCGUUGAUUCUCAUAAUUGUGCUCUCAGUUUGCCACGGCUUCAAGUGUUAAGCUCCGAAAAAUUCAAAAACUCGGAUCUCUCUCACUCGGUACAUCGUACUACCUUUUUCUUUUAUUGUUCUGUCAUCAUAAUCAUUCUAAAUGUUUCCGCUUGAAUUGGUUUUGUAUAGAUAGACCAUAUAUGUAUGCUUCAUAUUUUGCUAUAUCGCUUGCACCUGAUAACGUUGAUCCCAUGCGAAUCAGUACUCGCCAAGAGAAUGAAAACUAUUAAAUGAUUUUGUCGACUAA